AUGCGCCCAGACAGCGAAACGAGGGAAUACGAUGUCGUAAUCGUAGGUGGAGGUCCUGUAGGACUCUUGCUGGCCUACCAGCUGAAAAAGUUUGGCGUGACUGUCUGCGUACUGGAACAGCAUGAAAAGGAAACUCAGGAUGCCUACGGACGUGCAAUUGCGCUGUUCCCCAGAACCUCGGAGCAGCUCGAUCAGCUUGACUUGAUUGAGCCCAUGCUGCAACUGGGCUUCGCAUGUCGGACAAGCGUCACGUACAAAGAUGGCAAGAGAAUAAUUCCUGGCAGAGUCUGGACUUUUAUGGAGAAUAUCAAGGAUACCACCUAUGAUUUUACUCUAGUCCUCCGGCAAAUGUACACAGAGGCAAUUUUCCGCGAGAAACUGGAAUCAAUCGGUGCUGCAUAUUGCCAGGCAACGGAGUGCAUCGAUUUUGAAAUCGACGAAGCUGCGCCCAAAGGAUCUCACGCCGUUAUUUCCACGUUCGUGGACAAGAAAACACAAAAGGAAUUCAAAAUCAAGAGUAAAUACAUCGUGGGCGCUGAUGGUGGGCGGAGUUUUGUGCGCAAGCAUGCGGGAAUACCAUUCGAGGGAGACUCUUCAGAAGACAAAUGGAUUCGCAUCGACGGUAUAGUGGAAACGGACAUGCCUCUGAAUCGAUCAUACGGUGCCAUUGAAAGCAAGACGCACGGCAAUGUUCUGUGGGCUCCUCUCGACCACGCGGCCACGCGCAUCGGCUAUGCCUACACGCCAGAGAUUGCCGCAAAAUAUCCAGAUGGCGUGACUCAGGAGGUUGCUGAGCAAGAAGCGAUCAACGGAAUGAAGCCAUUCAAUGUCAAGUUCAAGGAAGUUCAUUGGUGGACGCUGUACUCGAUUGGGCAGCGAAUCGCACAGACAUUCUCAACCAAAGGGCGCGUCUUUCUUUGUGGGGAUGCCGGUCAUACGCAUAGUAGCGGAGCGGCACAGGGAUUGAAUACCGGCAUUCACGACGCCGUCAAUCUGGGAUGGAAGUUGGCCCUCCAAAUUCGUGGCGUCACCAAGCCCGAUAUCCUGGAGACGUACUCUACUGAGCGGAUGACGGCAGUGCAGAAGCUCAUCAACUAUGACAAGGACAUCUCGCUACUCAUGACGAACAAGUGGCCUUCAUGGUAUCAGGGAGAUCCCAGUGCAGACCCGAGUCUUGUUCUCGGUGAGAUUUUUGAAAAGUCUGCCUCGUUCAAUACUGGUCUGGGUAUCUCUUAUCCCGAGAAUGAUCUCAAUCAGAACCACGACAACAUCUCGGCAAUCGCACCAGGCAGCCGACCGCCGGACGUUGAGCUCACAAUGCCAGGAACUGAGCAAAAGACUAGAUUUCAGAGGAUCACUCGUAACAUUGGCAAGUUCUGGGUCGUUGUCUUUGCUGGAGACGUGGUCUCAACAAGGAUGUCCCUCUUGGACUUGCAAGAGUCGUUGAAAGCCUCCAAGAAGCUCCUAGAUCACCAGGCCAUAGGUUGGGUGACCAUCAGUACUGUGGUGGCUCCGUCCACAUACGAGGCUUUGGGAACAGAUCCAAUUGGUGCGACAUACUACGAUCCUACCACCCUGGCUCAUCAAAAGUUUGGGGUCCCUCUAGAUCAGGGGGCGAUCUUCAUAUUGAGACCAGAUGGGUUGGUCGGCUCGGCAGGGUUGAUUGAUGCCAAGUGGAUUGAAGGUUAUUUUUUGCAGAUACUACAGCUAUGA